CACUUUCGAUGUCAUUUUCAUUAUUAACACAGAGCAUACACUUCUUCUCCCUCUCUAUCUCUCUCUGGCCUUUUUGUUCCCUUUCGUUCGUUCUUUCGAAUUUAAAAAUUGAAAGAGAACUGUGUUAAUUUUUUUUUGAAAGAGAACCACUAUUUCAUCCCCCCUGGUUCUAAUUUAACUGGAACCGCGCUAGAGCGAGAGAGGGAAGCGAGAAGAGAAAAUGGACGACUACACGAGAGAGAUGAUGGACCUCAAGACCCUCGUCACUCGAACACUUGAGAAGAAAGGGGUUCUCGCUAAGAUCCGGGCGGAACUCAGAGCAAGUGUCUUUGAAGCGAUUGAAGAGGAGGAUAGGGUAGUUGAAAAUGAAGAAGGCUUACCACCUGCAUUACUGGGUAGCUGCAAUGACCGCGCAAAGCAGCUUCACGCGUCCCCAUCAGGGAGGCUAUUAACUGCACUAAUGUGUGAGUACUUGGACUGGGCACAACUAAAUCACACUCUCAAAGUAUAUCUACCUGAGUGCAACUUGCAAAAGGAUUCGUGGAAAGCAGAAUUAAAAGAAUUCAGUAGCAAUAAUGGGUACGAUCUCAACAGGAAUGGAGAUAGUGGUCCUUUGCUUCUUGAUGUACUCGAAGGAUUCUUGAAGUAUGAGGUUUGUCAUUAGAUUUCUUUCUGAUGGUUUGAUGAAAUUAUUUUUUGGAAGUGGUAUUUAUCAUGUACCUGCUGUAUGAUGAUGGGAUGCAAGAUAGCCUGAUAGUCUUAUCUAGAUUGACAUUGAUAAUCUUAAAUCAGUUGCCUAUUGGAUAAAUCUGACCAAGGUUUUGUUUUCUAGAUGAAAGUUUGCUGAUGCUUUACGUUGAGAUAUACAAACUGCUUCCAUAAUUCUUUACCUUGAUGUUUAAACAGAAUCUAACUCAAGGCAGGGGGUCUGGAAGGAGAGUGUCAGAAAAUGAGUCCUUGUCUAACUUAGACUCGAGGAACAUGCGGAGGCCCUCUUCAUCAUCUGUUGCUGGUGGUUUACCUCCUUUAGGAAGGCCGGGUGCAUCAUCGUCAUCUGACAGGAGAGGAGGGUCCUCCAUGAGCGGUGGUUACAGAAAAGACGACUACAAUUGGAGGUCUGAUAGUGAUGAGAUCCCUGAGGAAGUAAAUCGAGCUUCAGCUGCACUUGAAAACCUUCAGUUGGACAGGAAAGCUCGGAAUCUGACAUCAUCCUGGCGGCCUGCUGGAGAUGGGAUGAGUGACGAUGACAGAAGGGCGGAUCAUUUUUAAGCCUGGAAAUUGACAUUUCUUCUUUUGCUCGUGUAGUUUAGUGUGUAUUUUGUGUUAUUGAAUCCAAUGCACUGUUUUUAACGAUUGCUCAGAAAGCAAGUAAUAUGAGAGGGAUAUUGGGUAGUGCUGUUUGUAUGAUUUCCCCCCUCAUUCUGUUCUUAGUGAUGCUUUUUCCUAUUAUUCCACACGAGCCUUCUUGUUAUCUCUGCUUCACUUCCUCUCAUGCAACUUUCAUAAUCCGAGUGCAAUCGUUCGAGUG